CCUUAAAUCAGCCAUCUUUUGCUUAAGACUAUCGCAGGUCCACUUUCCAUACCGCUCACCACCUGACCUUUCAAUCCCUUGUAAAAUCAAUGCGAUGGAGUCAGAUUCACAAUCCCUUCCGGUAAAGGAAGAAUCCACUCAAUCCACUAUCCCAAUCGUCACAGGAAGUUCCCUGGUGGACCCUGAAGAUGACUGGGCGGGGAUGGGGGAUCGCAAAGAGAGGAGGCGGCGACAAAACCGCUUGAACCAGAGAGCUUACCGCAAACGCAAACAAGCUACUCGCCAAGCGCAAGCACCGCCUUCGAACCAGUUAAUACUGAUCCAGACGAUUAAGACCGAGCCCACGGGCAGCGACGAGCAGACUAUGAGGACGAUAUCCUCGGUAUCGAAUUCAGUGCGCUCCAGCUCAAGUCCUCCCUCAUCGACAUCGACAUCGACAUCGACAUCGACAUCCCCAAGCACAACCAUCAUAACCUCAACCUCGACCUCAACCUCAACCUCAUCCUCCGCCCAACCCCAAUCUCUCACAACCACCACCAUCACAAACCGCACGCGCAACCCCUGCACAAACCCAACCACGCAAACAAACCUCCAAACCCUCCUCACGCAUUUCACCCGCGCAGCCUACACAAGCUACAUCCACAACUCCCCAACGCUGGACCACCUCCUAACGCUAAGCCGAAUCAACGCCUUCCGGGCCUUCGCCGCGAACAUGACGACCCUGGGCAUGGGCACAGGCAACGACUGGAUGCACGACGACGCGCUCUCGCGCUUCACAACGCUGCAGCCCAACAGCGCCAUCGACACGCUCGCACUGCCGCCGCACCUGCGCCCCACCAAGCUCCAGCAGACGGUCCCGCACCACCCGUGGCUGGACUUCUUCCCGCUGCCGCGGCUGCGCGACAACCUCGUCGCCAUGGCCGACCGCUUCGACGACGAGCAGCUGUGUCUCGAUAUCAUGGGGUUCUGGGAUACGCCCACCGAGACGUAUAGUCUGUUCGUGUGGGGCGAGCCCUCGGAUCCGGGCAGUUGGGAGGUCUCCGAGGACUUUUUGCGGAAGUGGCCUUGGGUUGUUAGGGGGUGUGCGGAGUUGUUGGAGAGUACGAAUCGGUGGAGGGCGAAGAGGGGGGAGAGGAUGCUUUUGCGGUAUUUGUAGGGGUUACCCUCUCAUAUAUAAAUAUAUAUAUAUGUGUGUGUGUUUGUCUAUUGGGGAUACGGU